AUGGAGGCGGUGGCGGCGGCGUCGGCGUCGCGGGCUCUUCUUCCUCCUCGGGCCAAAGUGCUCCUGCUGCCAUUGCUGCUGCUCGUCGCCUCCCUCGCUCCACAUGCUUCCUCCGGUGACGGGGUGCGCUACGAUUACAAAGCUUACACUGAAUGCAAAGGGCACCCUGAACCUGCUCUGUACAACGGCGGCAUCCUGCGCUGGGCGAAGAAAAUCAAGGACUUCAGAACGGCGGAUGAGGGGAACUACUCGCCGUCGUUCGUGCUCUACAACAUGUCCGCCGCCACCGUGUACAGCUUCUCUUGCUGGGUAAAAUUUGAUGGGCCAGGAACAGUCCAUGUGAAGGCGAAGAUCUUGUCACUAGACAACGGCGCAUCCCAGUGCCUGGGCACAGCUCUGGUCCGAAACGACUGCUGGUCCUUCCUGAAGGGCGGCUUCACUCUGAGCUCGCCGUCACAAACCUCUGUCCUCUACUUCCAGGUUAGACUUGGCGAUCCAUGUACUGCAAGCCCAAAUGCAUCAAUGGUCUCAAUCAGGAGCGCCUCUCUGCAGCCUUUUUCGCCUGAAGAAUGGAGCCAACACAGGGAGGACCGCAUCGAACUGAUCAGGAAACGCUCCGUGAACGUACAUGUGUCGGACAGCAGUGGCAGCCGCGUCGUGGGCGCCAAGAUCGCCAUUCACCAGAUGAGCAGAGACUUCCCCCUGGGCUCCGCCAUCAGCAAGACCAUCCUCGGCAACAAGCCCUAUCAGGAGUGGUUCAGCAAGCGGUUCAACGCGGCGGUGUUCGAGAACGAGCUGAAAUGGUACGCGACAGAGCCGUCGCCCGGGAAGGAGGACUACACGCUGGCCGACCAGCUCCUCCAGUUCGUGCAGUCGACCGACGCAGUGGCGCGCGGGCACAACAUCUUCUGGGAGGACCCCAAGUACACCCCCUGGUGGGUGAAGAACCUCACCGGCGCCGACCAGCUGCGCGCCGCCGUGGCCGGCCGCAUCGAGAGCCUCCUGUCGCGGUACAAGGGCGACUUCGUGCACUGGGACGUGAGCAACGAGAUGCUCCACUUCGACUUCUACGAGAGCCGCCUCGGCCGCAACGCCACCGCGGAGUUCUUCCGCACCGCCAAGAGGGCGGACCCGCUCGCCACGCUCUUCCUCAACGACUUUAAUGUUGUGGAGGUCUGCGACGACGUCAGCUCCAGCGCCGACUCCUACGUGUCCCGGCUCCGGCAGCUCGCCGACGCCGGGGUGACGUUCGAGGGGAUCGGCCUCGAGGGGCACUUCGGGAAGCCCAACAUCCCCUACGUCCGCGCCGUGCUCGACAAGCUCGGCACCCUCCGCCUCCCCGUCUGGCUCACCGAGAUCGACAUCAGCAGCGCCCUCGACCAGAAGACCCAGGCCGCGUACCUGGAGGAGGUGCUCAGGGAGGGGUUCGCGCACCCGUCCGUGGACGGGAUCAUGCUGUGGACAGCCAUGGACGCCAACGCCACCUGCUACCAGAUGUGCCUCACCGACGGCAGCUUCGUCAACCUUCCCGCCGGCGACGUGGUGGACAGGCUGCUCGGGGAGUGGCAGACCAAGGAGGUGCUCGGCGCCACCAACGACCGGGGAUCCUUCAACUUCAGCGCCUUCCUGGGAGAGUACAAGCUGUCUGUGGCUUACCUCAACUCCUCCGCCGAGGGCACCUUCUCCCUCGCUCGCAGCGACGACACCAAGCACAUCACCAUCCGUCUCUCCCCCUGA